GUGCGCCCGGGCGAGUGCGGGGCGAGGGGCCCCGGGGCCAGCGCCGAGCCAGGGGCGGGGGUCCGGGCAGAGCGCAGACGGCCGGGGAGGGGCCAUGUCCGGCGCGGGCGCAGAGGAGCCCGUCUACAGCAAGUGACCGAGCGGCGUGGACGGCCGCCUGCCCCCCUCCGUCACCUGGGGCGGCGCGGGCCCCGGUGCCGGGUGCCCGGAGCCCGGGUCGCGCGUAGAGCCGGCGCGAUGCACGUGCGCUCGCUGCGCGCCGCGGCGCCCCACAGCUUCGUGGCGCUCUGGGCGCCCCUGUUCCUGCUGCGCUCCGCCCUGGCCGACUUCAGCCUGGACAACGAGGUGCACUCAAGCUUCAUCCACCGGCGCCUCCGCAGCCAGGAGCGGCGGGAGAUGCAGCGCGAGAUCCUCUCCAUCUUGGGCUUGCCCCAUCGCCCGCGUCCCCACCUCCAGGGCAAGCACAACUCGGCGCCCAUGUUCAUGCUGGACCUGUACAAUGCCAUGGCGGUGGAGGAGGGCGGCGGGCCCGACGGCCAGGGCUUCUCCUACCCCUACAAGGCCGUCUUCAGUACCCAAGGCCCCCCUCUGGCCAGCCUGCAAGACAGCCACUUUCUCACCGACGCCGACAUGGUCAUGAGCUUCGUCAACCUCGUGGAACACGACAAAGAGUUCUUCCACCCACGCUACCACCACCGGGAGUUUCGGUUUGAUCUUUCCAAGAUCCCAGAAGGGGAAGCGGUGACUGCAGCCGAAUUCCGGAUCUACAAGGACCACAUCCGGGAACACUUCACUAACGAGACAUUCCGGAUCAGCGUUUACCAGGUGCUGCAGGAGCACUUGGGCAGGGAGUCGGACCUGUUCCUGCUCGACAGCCGCACCCUCUGGGCCUCGGAGGAGGGCUGGCUGGUGUUCGACAUCACGGCCACCAGCAACCACUGGGUGGUCAACCCACGGCACAACCUGGGCCUGCAGCUCUCGGUGGAGACUCUGGACGGGCAGAGCAUCAACCCCAAGUUGGCAGGCCUGAUCGGGCGGCAGGGGCCCCAGAACAAGCAGCCCUUCAUGGUGGCCUUCUUCAAGGCCACCGAGGUCCACCUCCGCAGCACCCGUUCCACGGGGGGCAAGCAGCGCAGCCAGAACCGCUCCAAGACACCCAAGAACCAGGAAGCCCUGCGGGUGGCCAACGUCGCAGAAAACAGCAGCAGCGACCAGAGGCAGGCCUGUAAGAAGCACGAGCUGUACGUCAGCUUCCGGGACCUGGGCUGGCAGGACUGGAUCAUAGCGCCCGAAGGCUAUGCCGCCUACUACUGUGAGGGGGAGUGCGCCUUCCCUCUGAACUCCUACAUGAACGCCACCAACCACGCCAUCGUGCAGACGCUGGUGCACUUCAUCAACCCGGAAACGGUGCCCAAGCCUUGCUGUGCUCCGACUCAGCUCAACGCCAUUUCCGUGCUCUACUUCGAUGACAGCUCCAACGUCAUCCUGAAGAAAUACAGAAACAUGGUUGUCCGGGCCUGUGGUUGCCACUAGCCCCUCCUGGAAGUCAGACGCUUCGGGGCCACGUUUUUCCAGAUCCUGGGUCUCGCCCACCACCUCGGCGAGGAGCCCGCAGACCAACUGCCUUUCGCGAGGCCUUCCCGUCCCCCUCCCCAACUGCAGCGCUGUAGGAGUGUUAAGGAAUUUGAGAGGCAGAUGGCUUUUGAUCCGUUUUUCGUCGGCAUCCUACAGACAAGAUCCUACAAGCUGCUGCAGGCAAAACCUAACAGGGAAAAUAUAUAUCAAGAAAAAUUGCCGGGCCCCGAUCGCUGGCUGUGAAGUCUCAGCUGUGCACCAACUCGUUCCCAGGGGUAAUGAUGACACCCUUCAGCCCGGCCACCAGCAGCGGGAGGAAGGGGGCGCAGCCAGGGGUGGGCACGUCCGUCUCUGUGCGAGAGGAAGACUAACGCGGAAGUCCCUGUAAUAAAUGUCACAAUAAAACGAAUGAAUGAAAAUGGUUAGGAUGGUAGAGAUAUAUUUUCCUAAACAAUUUAUCCCCAUUUCUUGGUUUACUCUGAUUUCCAUAAACAGAAGCUGUGGCCGGCGGAGGGAGGGGAGGCCCCCUCUCCGUGCCAUUCCGGUUUCAUUCUGAGGCUUGCCGAAGCCCACUGUUUACGUAAACUCACCCAAAAGCCAAGAUUUGGCCAGCAGGGGAGAGGGAAAUUUUCUGCUUGGAGUUGACCUUGAAGAAUAAAUAGGUUCCAUCAUUCAGCCGAGUGCGUGGUGGCAGAAAUUAAAAUAGGCAUGUGAAGCACCGGCAGACGCCUGGAAUUGGUUUUCCAACACUCCCCAUGGUAGGAAGUCAGUGAGGGUUGGCAGAUGGAGGAGGACAGCUCAGGACAGAACUUGCAGCUUGAUCCUGAGUUCCGGCCACCAUAGCCCUAUUUUCAGAAGCACGCUAGCCUUCAGCAGGGGUGGGUGGGCAGGGGGACCGUCAGUCCCCCAAGUUGGUCAUCGAUAGCAGCGUCCUGGAGUCUGGGCUCUGAUGAGGGCCUCCGUGGUCACCUCGUUUGCAGACCCCUUUUAGAGGACUCUGUGCAAGAAUCGGCCCCUUGAAGUAAGGGAAAGGUGACACGGUGGGAGGUCUGCUGGAUGCAGGGUGUGCAGAUGUGAAUCUCAAACAGAAGGCUCCUGAAGCUGUCGUGAGAGUGUCCUGACUUGAAGGUGCCAUUUCUGACGUGGCUCUUGGCAUGAGCCUCCCUUGCCUUAGCUGGUGGGUCCCCUAAAUGGUGUGCACCCCGCCUCCAGCUGCAGUACAGCCUUGGAGACGAUCAAGCUCUCUGUGAACAAAGAACAGGAUUAUCCUGGCGAGGCCUGUGGCCCCUGGGAUCUGGUCUAGUGGGAAACUGCUUCUCCAUGUUGAUUAAGUUGGUUCCUGGAAACACAGGGACCCUGUCUUCAUUUUCUUUUAUAUUUUCUUCUUCAGUAGCUUGGGCUGCAGCCUUCACUCUGCCUGGUCAAUGGGGAAGAGUCGGUGUUUUUGUUACAUUUUGUUUCGUCUGUUGACAGAUCUGGGGAUUUUGCUGUGAUUCCCUCUUGGUGCAAGUUUUGUCACCACGUAUACCCCAGCCGACAUCUGGCUAGCCUCAUUUGUACACUGAAGCAUGUAAAUAGUUGUUACUAAACAAAGAAAUUAUUUAUGUCCGUCUGAAGCUCAUUUUAGACCCUCUCCAAUCCCUUGUUCAGGACGAUGAGCUUACUUGCCUCCCUCCAACCUGUUUAUUUUCUUAUUUAAGACUAUUUAUUAAUGGUCAGACCAAUGUACCUUCAGCCGUUGCAUAGAGCAGUC